AUGUCUUCAACCACAGAAACACUGAACCGAUUGGCGGUGCUGCCACACCCAAAGGCUCAUCCCAUGGUCAUUACCCCCUCGCCAAUUCCUGUGCCAACUGGGAAUGAGAUACUCAUUCGUGUACGCGCCGUUGCAGUCAACCCAGCCGAUCACGCUGUUCAAAAGCUCGGCAUCGUCAUCAAACCCGAGUUUUACCCCUAUGUCAGCGGCACCGACGUGUCUGGAGAAGUCGUAUCUGUUGGCCCUGAUCAGACAAGAUUGAAGCCCGGCGACCGUGUAGUCGGCCACGCAAUGGCAUGGCAGAAAGGGCAUAACAAGUAUGGGGCCUUCCAAGAUUACUCCAUCAUGGUUGAGCCCAUGGUAGCCAAGAUCCCAGAUCGUAUACCUUACAAAGAAGCAGCAGUCCUUCCUAUGGGACUCACAACAUCAGCUGCUAUGCUGUUCAGUCCCACUUUGAUGGGCCUCGAUCUACCCAGUGCUGGAACAGAGAGGAACUCAAAGGGGAAAAUCGUUGUGAUUUGGGGAGGCAGUUCAAGUGUUGGCUCGAAUGGCAUACAAACUGUGAAAGCAGCAGGAUAUAUCGUUGCGGCUACGGCGAGCGGGCACAACCACGGGCUACUGAGAGAGAUGGGCGUGGACUACAUCUUUGACUACAAGAAAGACGGUAUUGUGGAAGACAUCAUCACCACUCUGAGUGACGUUGGCGAGCUUGCCGGAGUUUACUGUUCUGUAUACUCGGAUACUGCUAUUACGGCCUGUGCAACGAUUGCAGACAGGCUCCCAGGAAAGAAAUGUCUGGGGACUAUACUUCCUCCUGGCUUGCCGGUACCUGGAAGGAUACCUGAUGGCGUGCAAGUCCUGGUCAAUGGACAUGUUCUUCUAGGAUCCACCGACACUGGGAAGAAGAUAUGGAUUGAUUGGCUUCCUGGAGCUCUUGAAGAUGGGACCAUGAAGUGUAUGCCGCAUCCUGAGGUCAUUGGGAAAGGACUUGAGGAGAUCCAGGGUGCUGUAGAUAGAAUUAGUAAAGGCAUGAGUGGAAAGAAGUUAGUAGUCGAGCUUUAG